CUGAUACUGCUGUUGUUACUACUGCUGCUGCUGAUACUGCUGCUGUUGUUGCUACUACUUCUUCUAAUAUUAUUGCUCUGUCAUUGCUGCUGUUACUUUUUUUUUACUACAUCAUAUUGAUCGAAUGUCAUGUGACCUGGUAUCUGGCCUGCAGCUCAAUAUUAGACCAGUAUUUCAACAAACAUCUAGCUAUUUUCAUUGAAAUACCUAGAAUCACCAGUUCUUCCAACCACUGCAAAACUCUGCUUUCUCGUCACAUCUGCAUCAAUAUCACUAUGGCUUUGGUAACAAAAUAUUGUUGCCAAGUCAAUGGUGUGUCAUUGCUGACAGGCGGAGGUGAUUUCUUAGAAUGGAUUUAGGAUUUUUUGGUAAAAAAGUUCCUGGAAAUCCAGUUGGUGCCGGAUUUGGAUCGAGUUUCUUUGCAGGAACAUCCAACUUUCUGAAUUCUGUCACAGCUAAAAAGGACGGAAUAUUUAGUGAUUUGUCAAAUAAGGUUGAUUCGUUUAUUAAAGGAGAAGAAAUACCAUCAAAUGUUGGGCAACCUGCUGCCUUCAACCGAAAUCCUCCCAGAAAUGCACCACCACAACAUCCUACUGCACAUGGCCAACAGCGUCCACUUGGUUUUCCUCCAAUAGUUCCAGGAAGCCAACCACGAGGGAUAACACCACAACAAGGGUUUCCACCUGUUCUGCCAGAUCCCAAAUUAGCUCGGCAACAAGGGAUACCCACACCACGAAUUGGUGUUCCUCUAGGACUAAAGGCGACACCCCCUCCAACAACUAGUCUCCAAAGCAAACCUCUAGAUAAAGUUGAUAUUUCAGCCACUCGCAGAGAUCUUAAAGACCCUGUUUCUGAAAGAAAUGAUGUAAAUAUUCCUCAUGAUGAAGCUCAAAGAGAUAGUUUAUCUGAGAGUUCUCAAUCAAGGUUAGCCUCUGGCCAAAUUAAACCUGGUCAGAAAGCUGGACCGCAAUCCCAAGGUCAGCCUGGACAAUAUCAGCAAAAGACUGGUGAACGACCUACUCAAAAAUCAGCUGCUGACAGGCAGAGAACUUCUCCUUCUGCUGAACAAACCCAAAGGUCAUCUCCAACUCCAGCUGAAAGACAAAAAUUAGACCGGCGAGGUCAAAGACCAGGAAGUUCACAAAGUGACCGCUUGGGACAAGGUCAGAAAUCUACUCCACCUUUAACAGAACGACAACAGCAGAAAUCUCAUUCUGAAAGACAGGGACAAAGGUCAUCACCUCAACCAACAGAACGCCACAGUCGAUCAUCUCCACCACAAGGCCAGCGAGCAAAACCAGAGCCAGAACGUCGUCUUUCAAGAUCUGGACAAGAACUAAGUAUCACUGAACGACAAGGUGUACGGCAAGGACAGGAACCAAUAGAGCGUUUUCGUGACCAACGAUCAGGUGGGGAACCAAUAGCUCGUCGUACAUCACGAGGUAGUCAGGAACUUACUGAACGUCAUAGGUCUGGACAAGAUCUAACUGACCAUCGAGGUCAAAGAAUUAGUCAAGAUUCAAUAGACAGGUAUGGACCUAAAGGUCAAGACAUAUUAGACAGACAGAGAUUAGAAGCUUUAGAUCAUACUGGUAGGCCAAUUCAAAGAUCUCAGGAUCCUCUUGACCGCCAUCAAAGGACAACUGUAGACCCAUCAGAACGUCAUAGGAUUUCUGAUUCGUCAGACCCACAUAAAAUUAGUUUAGGUGAUUCUCGAGGUUAUUCGGAAUCUAUAGAUCGAUAUUCACAACGUACAACACCUGCUGCUCAGACAAGAUCCGGUCAAGAUACAAGCCAUCGUCGAAGUGAAAGAUCAUCUCCAAUACCAGCUCAAAGACGUAGCCAAAGAUCAUCUCCAGAACCUUUGCAGCGGCGUAGCCAAAGAUUAGAUCAGGAACAUGAUAUUACAAAAUCAGGAUCGACCCUUAGAAGCCAAAAAUCUACAGAAUUCCAUAGUCAAAGAACAAUACCAGAUGGAGCAGAUCGACAUAGUCAUCGUUUAGACAGAGAUUCCCUUGACCGAUAUAGUCAAAGAUCAAUAGAUGAUUCUUCAGAUCGUUAUGGACUGAGAGGAGACAGGGAAAUAGAGCGAUACAACCAAAGAUCAAUCGAAGAAUCAGCUGCCCGGCAGGGCCAAAGAGCAGCACCCCCUCUCUCCUCUCGCCAGCGAUCAAGUUCAGAUUACUAUGACCAACACUCAUCACCAGAACCUACUGAUCGACCUCGAGUUUCACGGCAAACUCAAAGAGUAGCUGAUGAUCCAGAACGUAGUGUUCUUAGAUCCCCAUCAUCUGAGGCUGAAUAUUACCAUAGUCACCGGCCAGCCCCUCCCCUCCCUGAUAAACAUACACAGAAAGUAGCUCCCGAACCAACAAGACGGCAAUCUCAAAGGACUGAUAGAGAAUCUGAUUACUACCGUCACAGAUCUGAUCACGGUAUUGCAAAACCAACACCCAUUCCUGCUGACCGUCAUCGAUCUGCUUUUAAACCAAUUGAACGACCUGGCCGGAGAUCAGCACCAAGAUUAGGCGAAUAUAGUGAUCGGGAGUCGACUGAACACCAGCAGAGAACUACUGCAAGUGGUAGGUUAUCAGAACCAUCAGAACGAAUUCUCCGAUCACCAUCGUCUGAAGACUUAGAGCGAGAAAUGGAUGAAAAACGAGGAGGGAAAUUUGCCCCAGGGCGUCGCCGAUCGAGUACAGUUGAUGAAAUGCUGUUUGAUGACUACGUUGAACCACCUGAAGAUCAAGCUGAAGCACAAACAUCAGAAGCAGCUGAAACAGCUAGUAGACGUCGAACUCUCAUGCCCAUGGGAGAUCUGAUUUCUUUUGAUGAAGAGGAUCAGCGCAGAGGCUAUAGCGAAAGGCGUCACAAGCCAACGGCAGCUAAAAGGAAGACUGACCGCCGUCGACUCAGCCCCGAUUCUUCUGAUGGAGGUUACGGCGGAGAGGCUGGACGACACUCCAGCAUCGAUUCAUCAGGAGAUGAAUUCGGGGGAGAGCCUUACCACCGUUCUCUAUCUAUGGAAUCAGAGCAAUCAUGGGAUUCUACUUAUAGCAUUGAAAGCCAGCCUGAUGACAUCACUCUGGAAUGCAUGGAGUUUAUGAAAAUGUUUGUAGAAAAAAUAUUCUUGUUGAAUGAAGAGAUUUCUCAAACAGAGAAAGCGAAAUUUGGGGAACUUUGCCAACAUCAACCAGGAAGAAUUUGGUUUGCCAGAUAUGUCAACUCUCAAAGAGUGCACAACAAGAGAGUUGAUGAACAGAUUUUCUUCCGUCUAGUCCAAUAUUUCUCAGUGGUAUUAUUCGAAUGUCACAUGGCAGAGGACUAUACCCCGGCAAAGUCAUUAAUGAAUAUGUGUUUCACAUUUUUCUACGAAAAUAAUGUUAAAUAUGGUCUUGGACCCCUCACUGAAGAUAGUACACAAACAAUCGCCCCAAUUCUUCAAGAUGCUGCAACUCAAACAAUUGAAACCAAGCCAGAAUAUGUUGAGCCAACCAGAUUCCGAGAUGUGGGAACAGUUCCACGCACACCAAGUGUUACAAAGCCAAUUACUCAGGAUGCUUCAACUAUGACAGCAAGCGUGAGAACCAAAGAUAUUUCCAUCACUGCCAAGUUACUAACGCAUGACAUUGCCGUGGCAGCUGAUUUCAAAUUACCUGAACGGCCACCUGUUGCCCAAACGAUUAGAAAAAUGGAAAUGAGUUCUAAAUCAGUAUGUCACAAACGCAACACUGCAACAUCACCUGUCAGAUUUUAUGAAUAUAUGAAACCAGCUGUAAUAACACACGAAGUGUCUGUUGGUCCAAGCCUUAGAACGCGUACUUUUGGUGUCGGUGAAUACUAUUUCCGGACUCAUGAAAUUGGAAUGCAAACAGACAGAGAUAUCCCAGACAUCAUAGAACCCUCUCGACGACUAUUGGAAGAAACUCCUCUAAUGAAUCGGCUUACAGUUGCAGCGGGAAGGAAAAGAAAAUCACAAUCAACGGAUGAAGUUACUAAACUAGAACUUGAUACUUUGGUUGCAGAUAAACAUAGAAUUGAAGCCGAGACUAAUUUAUAUAAAAUGGAGAAAAAACGAAUAGAGGCUCAACUGGCUUACUAUGGUGUAGACUCUCAAAGAGUGGAAGCACAGAAACGAUAUCAUCAACUUAAGAUAAAGAAAUUAGAACGAGAAAUGGCUUUACGAGAAUGAAAAAGAUACCAGAAAAUUUCUGCCAAAGGCAAUUCUGGUUCUGAAUUAUUUUUUAAACAAUAAUUUAAUGCAACUUUAAUAAAAAGAAAAAAGAAGAAAGAAUAAAAAUUAAGAUAUUUGGUUCAAAAUUGAUGAAUAUAGCUUAUUUCAUUCUGUAAGUAACAUACAAAGACAAUUUAAUCUCAAAUUACAUUGUUUUUUUUUUUUACUU